AUGUUCAAUGGUGAUUACCUGCAUCAUUUAUCUGCAAUCCAUGAUCAGCAAGAUUUUGAGCUCAUUAUAUGCUUGUUGUGGGGAAUAUGGAUGGAUAGAAACAGGGUUGUUCAUGGUGGUGUUUCACGGCAACCUGCUUCUAUAGUUCAGUAUACUACACGAUAUCAUGAAGACUUCACUCGAGUCAAAGUCCCUCCUUCAACUGCUGCUCCACCAUGGUUACAUGGGUUUAAAUUAAACGUUGAUGCAGCUACAAAUUUGGAGCAAAAGAGAAUGGGAAUUGGGGCAAUCAUUAGAGAUCAUAAUGGAAUGGUGGUUGCUGCUUUUUCAAAAGCUAUUGAAGGAAGUUUCAGAUCGGAUGAAAUGAAGGCAAAAGUACUUUUCCAUGCUCUUAAUUGGGUAUUACAGUCACAACUUGCUCUUACUUAUAUUGAAACAGACGCUUUGAGAGUCUCCUCUGCUUUAAAUCCUUCCUCUACAGAUUUGUCUUGCUUUUUCGAAUCUUAUUAUGGAUGUUCGUUGUCUUUUAUUCUUUUUCCCUCAAGUUUUAGUCUCCCAUGUGAAACAAACUGCUAG